AUGUUGCUGAUGUACUCCAAGGCGGCUCUUCACGCUUUGGCGGCCAGAGCCAGCACAUCCUCCCUGGCAGAUGUGUGCACUGUCGAGAACGUGCAGAACGCUCUGCCUUCCAACGGAACUCUUCUUGGCAUCGAUCUGGUUCCCUCUUCCAUCACUGCCAGCCCGGUCUACAAUGCCACCAGCGGCGGUGGCAUGAUGGGCGGCAGCAGCACCCCCCUCACAUACUGCAACGUCACCGUGGCCUAUACCCACACUGGCAAGGGCGACACCGUCAACCUCAAGUACGCCUUCCCGAGCCCCGACGUCUUCAAGAAUCGCUUCUACGUUGCCGGCGGUGGUGGUUUCUCCCUCUCCUCCGACUCUACUGGCGGUAUCUCCUACGGUGCUGCCGGAGGUGCCACCGAUGCUGGCUACGACGCCUUCAACAACAGCUACGACGAGGUCGUCCUUUACGGAAACGGCUCCAUCAACUGGGAUGCCACCCACAUGUUCGGGUACCAGGCCCUGGGGGAGAUGACCCAGGUCGGUAAGGCCAUCACCAAGGGAUUCUACAGCAUGGGCGCCGACGACAAGGUCUACACUUACUACGAGGGCUGCUCUGACGGCGGUCGCGAGGGUAUGAGUCAGGUCCAGCGCUGGGGUGAGGAGUACGACGGUGUCAUCGCCGGUGCUCCGGCCUUCCGCUUCGCCCAGCAGCAGGUCCUCCACGUCUACUCGUCUGCCGUUGAGCAUACCCAGGACUACUACCCGCCUCCUUGCGAGCUGGCCAAGAUUGUCAACUCCACAAUUGCCGCCUGCGACGGCCUCGACGGCCGUGUCGACGGCGUCAUCUCCCGCACUGACCUCUGCAAGCUCCAGUUCGACCUGAAGUCCACCAUCGGCGAGUCCUACUACUGUGCCGCAAAGACCAGCAGCUCGCUUGGCUUCGGCUUCAACAAGAGACAGGCCCAGGGCAGCACCACCAGCUACCAGCCCGAGCAGAACGGCACUGUCACCGAGCAGGCCGUCGCCGUCGCCCAGGCCAUUUACGAUGGUGUCUUCAACUCCCAGGGUCAGCGCGCCUACCUCUCUUGGCAAAUUGGUUCCGAGCUCGGCGACGCUGCUACUGUUUACAACAACGAGACCGACGCAUGGGAGCUUAGCAUCCCCUCCACCGGCGGCGAGUACGUCACCAAGUUCGUCCAGCUCCUCGACCUCGACAACCUCUCCGACAUGAACAACAUCACCUACGACACUCUCGUCGAGUGGAUGAACACCGGCAUGAUCCGUUAUCUCGACAGCCUCCAGACCACUCUCCCCGACCUGACCCCCUUCCAGUCCUCGGGCGGCAAGCUCCUCCACUACCACGGCGAGUCCGACUCCAGCAUCCCCGCCGCCUCCUCCGUCCACUACUGGCAGUCCGUCCGCUCCGUCAUGUACCCCGACGCCAAGGAUGACGAGGCCAUCAAGUCCCUCGAGGACUGGUACCAGUUCUACCUGGUCCCCGGCGCCGGCCACUGCGGCACCAACAGCCUCCAGCCCGGCCCUUACCCCCAGAACAACAUGAACAUCAUGAUCGACUGGGUCGAGAACGGCAACAAGCCCAGCCGCCUCAACGCCACCGUCACCUCGUCCACCAACAUCAACGCCGGCGAGACCCAGAUGCUUUGCCAGUGGCCUACCCGUCCCGUCUGGCGCGGCAACAGCUCCGACUUUGACUGCGUCAACGACGCCAAGUCGAUUGACAGCUGGACUUAUACUUUCCCUGCCUUCAAAGCCCCUGUUUACUAA